AUGCCUGGAGCCCUUGCCAACUUUAGGCGACGAUUAUUUUCGGAAUCUGCUAUUGAUAAGGAGUACUUUAAACAAAACAUUGAACAGCAACCUGUUCAAGACAUCUCCAUUAAUAUAUUUUAUCAGUCGCGUUCUAUAUCUGUUCUGUUCCUCAUUAUCAUUGGAUUGACAUAUUUUGCUUUUACUAGGCCGGCGGAUCUGCCCUUGAAUGACUGUCUUUUCAAUGGAGCAAUAGUCGCUGUAAUCGUUUUUCUGGUUAUUUCGACUAUGAUUAUGCCUAAUGGACCAUUUACCCGUCCUCAUCCGCUGGUCUGGAGGGUAGUUUUCGGUGCCAGUCUUCUGUACUUCCUCAGCCUUGUUUUUGUCCUCUUCCUUCGUUUGGAAGAUACACGGAAAAUUCUCUUUUAUUUGGAUCCAAGUCUGGAACGUAUGCGUCAUUCAGAUAUUCUGGACAAAGAAUAUGCUGUGAAUUGCAGUCAGGUUUCGUUUGAGCGUGUCUGGAGCCACAUGGAUGUGUUUGCAUUCGGUCAUUUCUUCGGAUGGGUUAUCAAGGCUGUACUGCUGCGUCAUUAUCUAAUUCUCUGGACUUUAUCGAUCAACUGGGAGAUAACAGAAGUAGCCUUUUCGCACAUUCUGCCAAACUUCCAAGAGUGCUGGUGGGAUAGCAUCAUCUUGGAUGUGCUCGUCUGCAAUGGACUGGGCAUUUAUUGCGGCAUGCUUCUGUGCCAGUGGUUCCACGCACGCUCCUAUCAGUGGGAGUCCAUCCGGGACAUUCGGUCAACGAGGGGAAAGCUUAAACGCGCGGUCCUCCAAUUCACCCCUGUCAGUUGGACUCCGACACACUGGUUGGACAGGAAUUCAUCUUUCAAACGCGUUCUACAGCUGUCCGUCCUGAUCUUCUUCUGGCAGGUGGCCGAGUUGAACGUUUUUUGGCUGAAACACGUCUUCAUCGUCAAACCCUCGCAUUUCCUCACCCAGUUGCGCCUCCUAAUCGUCACCCUCUCGUCUGCACCUGCGAUCAGGCAGUUCUACCACUACGUGACUGACGAUCAAGUUACGAGGGUCGGCUCUCAAAUGUGGAUUUUUACUGCUACGAUGAUCCUGGAGACACUGGUGGCAUUCAAGCUUGGGAGCGAGGUGUUCGAGAAGGCGAUCUUGCGAAACGUCAUCUACUGGCUUAUUUGGCUGGUUAUCAGCAGUUAUCUCACCGUCUGGAUCUCCUUGUUGUUCGCGAAGCGCUCGAAACCCAACAUCGAUGAUGAGGGAGACUUCCUCGAAAAACCAACUAUCCCCACUGUCAGCGCCGGGUUGAAAAAGGCGUUGGUCAACGGUGAAGACCGCGAGGUCCGUGAACGAGUUUCCGUCAGCCCCUCGCCACCACCUCGUCGUAUCACAAGGUCACAGAACGCCAAAAAGACCAAUUGA